AAUUAAUAUUUUUAAUUAUUCUAAUAAAUAAAGAAACUAAAAUAUUGAGAAAGAAUAAAUAAAAAGAAAACCAAAACAAAAUAUGUUUACACAGGAAAUUGAAAACGACAAAAGUAUUACACAUGUUGUUUGGCUAAGCUUGUUAUCAUUAUAAGUUAUUAUUAUCAUUAUAAGUUAAAAAGUUCUAUACCAUUAUAACUUAAAAAAAUAUCUUGAUGAAAAAUAAUUUAUUUUGGUAGGACACUUCCAAUAAAUCAUUUUCUUUUCGUAAACUAUCCGACACUUAUUUAUUGGUUUAUAAGUUAAUGAGCUAAUAAAUUAUAUGCUAAUAAGCAAUAUUUAUUUUAUUUUAUUUUUUUUCUAAACACCCCUAUACAAACAACAUAGUGUUGCUCAGUAUGAACACUGUUACCACGGGUGCCACAUCGGAAAGAAGAAAAGAAUAAAAGCAUUGAGCCCUUAACGCUAUACCAACAACAUACUGUUGCUCAGUAAGAACACUGUUACCACGGGUGCCAUAUCGGAAAGAAGAAAAGAAUAAGAGCAUUGAGCCCUUAACGCUAUACCAACAACAUAGUGUUGCUCAGUAUGAACACUGUUAUCACGGGUGCCACAUCGGAAAGAAGAAAAGAAUAAGAGCAUCGAGCCCUUAACACGGUCUCGGGGCUGCUAUUUGUCCAUAAAAACGCUGUUGCGAGGCCAAAAAAGAGGAAAAAACAGAGAAAAGAAAGAGAGACCGGGGCGUUGUCUUGCGUCGAGCCCUCAACGCUAAGCCAAUAGGCCAGGGCGGUGUUUUUGGUUCCUUCACGCCAUUGAGGAUAGGCAGGUCAGCCUCCCGAUGGUAUUAUCUAGCCCAUACCGUCUAAGACAUUGGAAAAUGUAAUAAGAAAACAUUAAUUGGAUAUGUAUGGACGUGUUAUCAAGUUGUUCUCUAAUAAAAGUAUUAUUUUCGACAAAUAGUUGGUCAUGGUCUUAUGUUUUCGGCCCCUACCGUCUUCAGAAACGCCCAUACGCAACAGCUACCUCAACCUCUUUCACAUUUUCGUCUCUACCGACUCUUCGUCUUCUUAAAAUACGAAUCCCCAAAUUCUCUGCCAUUUCCUCUCGUUUCUUAUUCUUCAAUUCAUCAUUUCCAUAGACUUAUCAUCAUCGUCACCAAUGGAUCGGGUCAACUUUAGGACACAAGUCCUAACCCGCCAUCUCAAUAACCACCAUAACGCCACCACCGAUCUUCUACACACCGCCCCAUGUGUCAGCUACUCCCCACCGGAACUCUCUGAGCCGCCGUUGAAUUUCGAUACCAAGUUGCUCCGUAAGCUCCUAGACGGUCAGAGCAUUGCUGAUAUCGACUAUAUGUUCAAUCUGAUGAUACAGAGCAACUUGUUUUGCCCAAGAGAAAGAGGCGGCAAAGUGUUUAUUUCCCCGGAUUUUAAUCAGUCGAUGGAGCAGCAAAGAGAGAUGACGAUGAGGAGACUUGAUUACUUGAGAGAACAUGGGGUUUUCGAUGGGUGGUUUUCUAAGAAGGGACCCGAAGGCGAUUUAUCUAGAUUUGCUCUUGCUGAAUCUGCUAGCGUUUUUGAUCAUUCUCUAGGGAUUAAGCUCGGAGUGCAUUUCUUUUUAUGGGGUGGUGCAAUCCGUUUCAUGGGCACAAAGCGUCAUCAUGAUAAAUGGUACAAGCCAACGGAGACUUAUGAAGUCAAGGGUUGCUUUGCAAUGACCGAGUUAGGCCAUGGAAGUAAUGUCCGAGGAAUUGAAACAAUAACUAGAUACGAUCCAAGCACUCAGGAAUUCAUCAUUAGCACCCCUUGCGAAUCUGCACAAAAGUAUUGGAUUGGAGGUGCAGCUAAUCAUGCUACACACACAGUAGUCUUCUCACAGCUUGAAAUUAAUGGUGUGAAUCAAGGAGUUCAUGCUUUUAUAGCUCAAAUCAGGGACUCAGAGGGAAAUAUAUGUCCAAAUGUUCGUAUUGCAGACUGUGGUCAUAAAAUCGGUUUAAAUGGUGUUGACAAUGGUCGAAUCUGGUUUGACGAUCUACGCAUACCAAGAGAAAACCUGUUGAAUUCAGUUGCUGACGUGUCACCCGAUGGACAAUAUUUAAGUGCAAUAAAAGAUCCAGAUCAGCGAUUUGCUGCCUUUCUGGCCCCACUGACAUCUGGCCGUGUAACUAUUGCUGCUAGUGCAAUAAACACCGCAAAAGUUGGUUUAGCAGUUGCAGUUAGGUACUCGCUGACUAGGCGAGCUUUUUCAAUCAAACCAAAUGAACCAGAAGUUCUUUUACUUGAUUAUCCAAGUCAUCAAAGGCGUCUCUUACCUCUUGUAGCAAAAACAUAUGCUCUGAAUUUUGCUUCAAAUUAUCUGAAGAUGAUAUAUGUGAAAAGAACACCCGAAUCAAUUAAAACAGUUCAUGUUGUUUCUAGUGCACUCAAGGCUGCUUUAACCUGGCAUUGCAUGCGAACCCUUCAGGAAUGUAGAGAAGCUUGUGGUGGGCAAGGUUUGAAGACUGAAAAUCAUGUUGGUCAUUUAAAAAGUGAGUAUGAUGUGCAGUUGACUUUUGAAGGUGACAACAAUGUUCUAAUGCAACAGAUUAGCAAGGCACUGUAUGCAGAGUUUUUGUCAGCCAAAAAAAGGAACAAACCAAUUAGAGGUUUGGGAUUAGAACACUUGAACAAACCUGCUCCAGUUAUCCCUUCUCAUCUCACAAGCUCUACUCUUAGAACCACUCAAUUCCAGACUGACAUAUUUUGCUUACGUGAGAGAGAUUUAUUGCAACGUUUUGUCACGGAAGUGUCGCAACAACAAGCUCAGGGAGAAAGCAGAGAACAUAUAUUCACAGUGAUGUAUCAACUUGCUGAGGAUUUGGGGAGAGCUUUUGCGGAUCGGUUGGUUCUACAAACAUUUCUUGAUGUUGAAGCAACUGUUCCAUCAGGCUCUUUGAAGGAUGUGUUGGGGUUAAUGAGGUCAAUGUAUUCGACAAUUGUAAUGGAAGAAGAUAGUUCUUUUUUGAGGUAUGGAUACUUGUCAAUAGACAAUGCUGCAGUGGUUAGGAAAGAGGUUUUGAAGCUGUGUAGUGAGUUGAGACCACAUGCACUUGGUUUGGUGAGUUCGUUUGGAAUCCCUGAUGCUUUCUUGGGACCAAUUGCUUUCAAUUGGGUUGAUGCGAAUGCAUGGUCUUCGGUUUAAAGACAUGAUAUUUACAAUAAUUACCUUUUGGUUUACAUCUUUUACAAAUAAGGACAUGACUCUCCAUAUGUUUGUUGUAUAACUAGGUAAUGAACGUUGCUUAUGUUUUAGUGUUAUAUGUUUUCUUAUUGUACACAAGCACAAUCAUGUGGAUCUAGUAAGGACGUUUUCAUUUUCAACAUUUUAUGUCAUUGUUAGAAGAAAAAUUCAAUAUCAUCUUAUCUUUUGUUCCUAUUCAUAUAAAAGAAUAGUGACAUGUGGAAUCUAUUAAAUCUGUC